AUGCCGGCAGAUCCAUCCGUCUACUCGGCGGAGACCUUCGAGCCCAGGCCAGACCAAGAGCUGGUGUGCACCGUGUCCCGGGGCGUCUUUCGAGAACAAGUCGAAUGGCCCUGCCGCCACGUGUUCUGUUCCAUCUGUAUCCCUGGCAUGCCUCCAAUUGGCACGUUGCGUCGCCGAGAGAUGUCCGUGUCGCAGCUCGCGCCCGCGGUGCCCCUCGUGGCCAACAUGAUCGCCCGGCUCAAUGUGCGCUGCCCACGUGGAGGUGAAGGCUGCCCCGUGAAGGUGCAUAUGGAUUCCCUGAAGCGCCACCUGGAUUCUUCGGAGUCCCGCAACGCGCAGUGCCCGGACUGCGGAGCCCAGAAGCGCCCCUCGGAGCUGAGCUGGCAGCCGAGCGAGCGCUGGCAGCCGUGCGGACGCUGCUGCCACUCUGGUUGA